UGUGGAACACAGCUGACUUACGGUAUUGUGAAUGCUUCAAAUUUUGUAAAGAAGUAAAAGACCACAUGAGGACAGCAAAGAGGAGUACAUAAAAAGUCAAAUAAAGUCUUUUAGAAUACAAAACCAUAAAAGUUAUGGGCCUUCGCUUCUCUGUAAUCCCACUGAUGACCAAAUUGUACAGCGCACGACGACCUCUGCACUUCCGUCAAUUCCGGCCAUGAAUCGCCAAGCGCCGUCGUUAUUAUGUUAACCGACGUCUUUUGGCUUCGCACGCGACGGAGCCGCAUCGUCUUCUUCCUCAUCUGUUCUCCUUUACUUAUCCCACUCCUCUGUGCCUCAAUCCCUCUCCUCUGCGCCGCCGAGAUCUUCAGUCGCCUCCGCAAUCGCCAUCCAUGGUUCGCUAAAUCCGCCGAUGAAGAUGAUUUGCGGCUCCAGAGAUGCGAGGAAGGAUGUAACUGCGGCGGGUCUGGGCCGGAAGAAGCGGGAUUGCUUCAGAGAUACUUGGAAGAUCAGCUGAUUCUGGUUAGAUCUGUUUACGGAUGCGGUGAAGAAGAAGACCAAAAUCGCGAUCCCGAUCAAAAUAGGAUUUUACUUCUUUCGUGAUUGUUUGUUUUGAAGUUUUAGAUGUUUAUGUAGAUAAAAAAGCACACGGAUCCGAUUUAUUAUAUACUUCCAAACUCCAAUCAAUUGAAAUUUUCCACUUU